AUGGAUAGACCAACAGAACUGGCCGGCGGGAGCAGCCUUGAGCCACCUGCAUACCACAGCACAAACGACUGGCGCCCAGUCCUCGAGGAGAAAAUGCAACGCAUGCUGUACAAUUUGGGUAUUUCAAAGGCUUUCGGGAGAGACUCGAACGUCAUGGAGACGGGACAAGCCUACGACGACGGCGUCAUUGGAUCCCAAGACACGAACAACACAGCCCAUAUCGAAAAUUGCGACUAUACGAUGGCAAUGUCUCCUGGCGCCGCCUUCGACGCCUCCUCCGUCGAAGAGGCUCGAAAGCAACGGAUAAAAGCACUCCAACACAGAAUCGAGGAAAUCGACUCCGUUGCCCAAGACGAUAACAAGACCAGCUCUCGGCCGCUGGAGGAAUCAAAAGAAAGGUGCCUAAACGAGCUCGCGCUUCUGUGCGACUACGUCGCACCUCACCGGGCAACGGCCCUGCGGACCAUUGAAACGGUGAAGCCAGUCGAGCAGUUGGCGCAGUCAGCAGAUCCAACCCCGUUGCUGGGCACCACUGGAGAGGCGCACCCCGACAGCGCAGUCUCAGGCAGCCCUCACACUGUCUCCCCCAUAACAGCCGCCAGGGUAAAGGCCGUGCUGAGAGAACGCUCAUCUCGUCAUGAGGGUGUGAAUGGCUGGGGAGCUGGUGACUCUGACGCCUCCACUGCGAGAUCGGCGAGCAAUGCAGCCAUUUGGAGGUGUCGGACCAAGUACGAUGAUGACUCGGCGGAGGAAGAACAACAACAAGAAGAACAACAAAAUUCCACCGGCACGCUCACUGAGCUUGAGGAAUUUUUCAGCACUACUGGACUGGUGACAUCGGAGCGGAGAGACAGUGCACUAGCAGGAUUGGAAGAAACACAUCGAGGCAAAGCCGGGGGAAAAGGCGAAGCAAAGUCACCAGCAGCGGACCGCAGGAGUGCUCCAUCGAGUACGCUUGGCUCUCUUCCUGUCGCCGAGGUGAGACGACGCCGUCCUACCGAGAAGCACGUCCAUAGGAGGAAGAACACACAACGAGAACUUGAGCAUGAAGAGCCCGUGUCAGAGUCUGCGGUACUGGAGCCGGCGCGAUAUACUAGACCCCCGACGGCGAAGGAAAAGGGCAAGUGGGUAGCAGAAUGUGAAUGCGAGCGAUGCCAACGACAGCGACACAAGCGUGUUCACUUCGACGACAGCGCGAUGGACAAGGCCGAGGAGGGGCCAGGACUCAGCCACGAAGGGUUCGUGAAGAGUAUGAGGGAGAACAGGAGAAGGAUGGAGGAGGCACAGGAGAGGGGCGAGGGUGCCAGCUUCUGGGCGACGUCUGGCCCGACUGGGCUGGACGGGCUGGACAUGUUCAGCAACCCGAGGCCGGCGCCCCCCUGUGCCUCAUGA